CGCGCUUGUGUCGUAUUGAUUUAAAGGCCACUCGCGUCGGCUGGCGCGGCCUCAUUUUCGCACGUUGACGCACCCGCGGCAGACGUCGUCGGCAUGUCUGCGGUCACCUGCCGCGUCCAGUUCCUGCUGGACCAGGAUCCUUUCAUCUGUACCAACUUUCCGGAACCUCGGCGGCCUCCCUCCCUCGACGUGGACCAGAACGCGCCGCUCGGUCAACUGCUUCCGGUCGUGCACAAGCUGCUGGACGCGCCCCUCAAGUUGGAGGAGUGCACGUUGCAGCUGUCUCCUCAGGGGAACUACUUGGACUUGGACUCGUCUCUGGCGGAGCAGCACGACGAGCUGGAAAACUUCUACCAGGACGUCGCGAAGGGGAAGAAACCCAUCUUGAUCCUGAGGACACAUUUGUCUGUGCGAGUCCACACCAUCCUGGAGAAAUUGUACAACAGUCACGGUCCGGAGCUGCGGCGCUCGCUCUUCUCGCUCAAGCAGCUCUUCCAGGACGACAAGGACCUGGUUCCGGAGUUCGUGGCGUCCGAGGGUUUGACGUGUUUGGUCAAAGUCGGCGCUGAGGCCGACCACAACUACCAGAACUACAUCCUCAGAGCUCUGAGCCAGAUCAUGUUGUUCGUGGACGGCAUGGACGGAGUCAUCAACCACAGCGAGACGCUGGAGUGGCUCUACACCUUAACAGGAAGUCAGGUCAGUCGUGUGCGAGCGCGAGUCGCGAUGCUUUUCCGGCUGUGUUACAAACAAACCGAGAUGGCCGAUUGGCGUCUGUUUUGCGUUCAGUCUCGCCUGCUGGUCAAAACGUCGUUGAAGCUCCUCAUCGUCUUUGUGGAAUAUAAAGAAUCCAACAGCCCGAUCCUCAUCGACGCCGUCAACGCUGUGGACGCACGAAGAGGCGAGAAGCCGUGGUCGUACGCGAUGGACGUCCUUCGCGAGAAAGCCGGCUGUGACUGUGAGCUCCUGGUGUUCGCCAUGACGUUGGUCAACAAAACGCUGGCGGCGCUUCCCGACCAGGAUUCUUUCUACGAUGUGACCGACUGUCUGGAGAGUCUCAAAAUGGAAGACGUGGUCCACAGGAACCUCACCAACGCGGCCACCGAACCGGACCUCCGGGCGCAGUUCGCCAUAUACGAGACAGCUUUGCGUUACGAGGACGCCGACAUCCCGGACUCGUCCCCUCACGUGCGGAAAGAGCGCCGUAAGAUGGCCGCCGGCGAGCAGGAAGGCCGCAGGAGUCUGCGCUCAUCCAAUCAGAACAUCCCUGACCUGCCGGCGUCCUCGGCCGGCUCCUCCCCCUGCGCGUCGCCCGCCUCCGCCGGUAGCCCCGCCCUCUCCGCCUCAGACCCGAGCAGUGCCGCCUCCAGCCCCUCGGGAUCGCUCGGGGGCUCUCCGACUCCGCCGCCUCAAUCUCUUUCGCCUCCUCCUCCUCCUCCUUCCUUGACCCCGCCACCCCUCCGCCUGCAGGACGAUGACGACGCCAAGACUCCGCCGGCCGGCCCGAGUCGCUCUUUCCUCAGCCACCACAUGUCCUCUUUGGGUCUGAGCAGAAAGUCCAGGACCUUAGCCAACGCCGGCGGCACCCGAGACCAGGACACGCCUGCUUCCUCUCAGGACACGCCCACUUCCUGCAGGUCGCCGACAGAUCAUGCGAGUGUCAACAGGAUGUCUUUCAACGACGAGCUCGUCUUCCACUACCCAGACGAGUGUAACAUGAACGCGGACGACAAACCCGUUCUGAGGAGGUUUGAAGACAACUUCCUGCGCAGUUUGGCCACCACCCAAUGGGAGAAGAGGAGGCGAAGUUUCAAAUCGAGUCACUCCAAGCUGUCCUCGUCUGAUGACGUCAUCAGCCAGAGACCAACGCCAAAGGAGGAUGCCGACAAUGGAGGACUUCCUGCCAACGGUGACGGCGAGGCGGGAGGUUCGCGGGGGGGGCGGGUGCUGGAGCGCCUGUCCAGCCUCCGAGCGCGCUCGGUGGAACCUGCCGUCCCCAGCGAGAGCAGCGCCUCCCGCAGGGCGGAACUGGAAGGGCUGGAAGGCUCCGCCCAGGUGGCGCUGGCGAGGCUUGUGGAAGAGCGACAGAAGAGUUGCGUGCGUCAGCAGAGCAGCGUGGAUGUGGAGAGUACCGCCCACCGCCCGGAGAACACUCAGAUGACCCCUCUGGGUCCCGGUGGUCUGGGGGACGCGUGGGACCACCUUCAGCUGAGCGGUGCCAACCUUCGCAUCAAAGACUUGGACUUCUCAGAUCUCCUGGACGAGGAGGACAUUGACGUUCUGGACAUGGACACCUCAGACUCCGCCUCUUUCGGCCUUCAUGCGCCGCCUCCCUUAGGGGGGCCUCCUCCUCCUCCUCCUCCUCCUCCUCCUCCUCCUCCGCCGCCGCCCCUUGCAGGUCCCGUACCUCUGCCACCGCCCCCUCCUCCGCCGCCCCUCCCUGGCGGUCUGGCUCCUCCUCCGCCGCCGCCGCCCCUCCCUGGCGGUCCGGUCCCCCCCCUUCCUCCCUCGUGUGGGGCGGCGUCACCAUUAGGGAAGAAGAAGAAGACCGUGAAGUUGUUCUGGCGCGAACUGAAGCAGACUGAGCUGCCCACCAAGUGUCGCUUUGGCCGGGGCACCGUGUGGUCGUCUCUAGACAAGGUGCAAGUGGACACGGGGCGGCUCGAGCACCUGUUUGAGUCCAAAGCAAAAGAGAUGCACAUCGCCAAGAAAGCAGCGGAGACCAAGAAGUCCGAGAUCCUGGUCCUGGACUCCAAGAGGAGCAACGCCAUCAACAUCGGGAUGACGGUCCUGCCCGCCGUUCACGUCAUCAAGACCGCCAUCCUCAAUUUUGACGAGUUCGCCAUCAGCAAGGAGGGCAUCGAAAAGAUCCUGACCAUGACGCCCAGCGAGGAGGAGCAGCAGAAGAUCCAGGAGGCCCAGUUGGCCAAUCCGGACGUUCCGUUGGGGACGGCCGAGCGGUUCCUCUUUAGCUUGGCCUCCGUCAGCGCCUUGACCCCCCGCCUGCAGCUCUGGUCCUUCAAGGUCAACUACGAGGCACUGGAGAAGGAGAUCGCGGAGCCGCUGUUUGACCUGAAGCUGGCCAUGGAGCAGCUGGCGACCAAUCAGACCUUCAGGAGGAUCCUGGCCACGCUGCUCGCCAUCGGGAACUUCCUCAACAGCUCCGAUGCUGUGGGUUUUGAGCUGGCCUACCUGGAGAAGGUGGUGGAGGUGAAGGACACGGUUCACAGGCAGUCUUUGCUUCAUCACACCUGCAACCUCAUCACGGAAAAUGACCCGCAAUCCUCGGACGUCUACUCGGAGAUCCCCGCCGUCACGCGUUCGGCCAAGGUGGACUUUGAGCUUCUGGGCGAGAACCUGGUUCAGCUGGAGAGACGCUGCAAAGCGUCGUGGGAAAACCUGAAGGUGGUGUCCAAGCACGAGACCAAACCCACUCUGAAGAACAAGCUGGCCGACUUCCUGAAGGACUGCACGCGGAGGAUCGUCAUCCUCAAGGUCGUCCACAGGAGAGUCAUCAACAGGUUCCACUCCUUCCUGCUUUUCCUGGGUCAGCCGGCGGCGUCCGUGCGGGACACCAAGGUGACCUGGUUCUGCCGCGUCAUCAGCGAGUUUUCGCUCGAGUACCGCACCAUGCGCGAGAGGGUGCUCACGCUAAAGCGCAAGCGAGACCAGCACAGAGAGAGGACAAAAACGCGAGGGAAGAUGAUCACCGAGACGGAGAAAUUCUCGGGGGCAGUGUCGCGUUGCGACAGCCCGGCUCUGGAGGCGGAGCCCGAGCAGGAGGCGGAGCACCAGCAAAUGACCCAUAUGCUGACCGAGGAUCAGCGAGCGCCGAGGCGCUCGCGCACCACCCGCAGUUCUGCGGGCCCGGUUCUGGGACAUCCGGGUCCGUCGUCUUCGUCGCCUCAGGACGAAGACGCCGCGGACGACAUCAUGGAGCGUCUGGUCAAGUCGGUCACCAGGAACCGCUCGGGCAGGACGUCCAGUCCCAAAACCCGAAAGCGGUCCCGAGUCAACAGGAAGUCCAUGAGGAGGACUCUGAAGAGCGGCAUCAGCGUGGACACGGUCCAGGUUUUGGGACUGGACAAGAGCGGCGAGGACGUCUGACGUAAGACGACACAACAGCAAGAAAAUGUUCAAGUCUGCACCUUUUUUAAACACCAAAAAAACAUUUUAACUUUUCACUCAAACAUCAAAGCGAAACUUGAAAGUUAUUAUUUAGAUUUUUUUUUUGGGGGGGGGGGGGGGUGAACUUGAAUGCUUUUUCUAAAUUUGCAAAGAAAAACUCCACAUUUUUGUCACUUGCUGGUCCUGAGCACGUCUUCAAACUUUUGCCUUUGCCCCCCCCCCCCCCCGUCCCCCCCUAGCGGAUGUUACACGCACACCUUUUGGACUACAUGUUAAUAUUGUUAACUUAAAUGAAAGUUUGUUGUGCAUUGUUUACUGGGUGAACAUACAAUUUAAUAAAUGCAUUUUGAAUACAACAAUUGAGACCGGCACGGCCGCGCUGCACACUCGGUGGUACCGACAGAAUCGGGUCGGAAAGACUAAACCGAAAGAAGCCUUUUGGAGUUGCUCGUCAGGCUUUGGAAUACAAGGGAAGCAUGUAGUGGAUGCGAUGAAUAAAUACCAUGUUUAAAUAAACAUAACGGUGAAGUAAUAAUAGUAUAGUGUGUGUGUGUGUGUGUGUGUGUUUAAAAGUGCGCCCCAGCCCCCACUGCAGAAUGGGUCGAGAACCGCCACUGCGUGGAGCGAGC